AUGUCUAACAAUACCAGCUCUGACAUCUGGUUUGCUGGUGCAUUUGCUGCGUUUACUGUCGAUCUGCUCGUCUAUCCUCUUGACACUCUCAAGACACGUCUCCAAUCGCAACACUAUGAACAGCUGUACAAAGAUGCCAGUGGCAAGACGAAACCUGCUUUAUUCCGUGGCCUGUACCAAGGCGUUGGUUCCAUCAUCCUUAUCACAAUUCCCUCGUCCGGCGCAUUCUUCACGACAUACGAAGCCUUGAAGUAUGGAAUCUCGGAAGCAGUCCCCCCCAACUCCACGAUAUUUCUUCCCCAACCUGCCAUCCAUGCUGCGGCCAGUGGCGGUGCUGAGCUUGUCAGCUGCGCUAUCCUCACCCCUGCCGAAGUCCUCAAGCAAAACGCUCAGAUGCUCAGUGCUCGGGGGAAGAGAACGUCUACCUCCUUGGAAGUCUUCAAGCAUUUCAGAAAGAAUCCUUCAAGAUUAUGGAGAGGGUAUACUGCGCUUGCCGCGAGAAACUUGCCGUUUACUGCUCUGCAAUUCCCUACCUUUGAGUUUCUGAAAGGAUAUUUCAUGCAAAGGCGUAAAGAGCGGAAUGGCGGAAGACCCGUCGAUGGAAUAGCCGAACGCGCACGUAUUACGGCGUUGAGUGCCGCUAUCGCUGGAAGCGGAGCUGCGUGGAUCACGACUCCGAUCGACGUGGUCAAAACCAGAAUCAUGCUCGCUGCAGGGUCGGGUGAUGAUAGCCCUAGAACAGAUUCCAAGGGAAAAGCUUCAAAAUACCUCCUGGAAGGCGUUCAAGGGUCGCGCAAAAGCGGAUUUAUUGUGGCCAGAGAAAUUCUCAAGACACACGGCAUCCAAGGCCUGUUCCGCGGAGCUCUCCUGCGUGCCUGCUGGACUUCGUUGGGCAGCGGUCUAUACUUAGGCUGCUAUGAAGGCGGCCGUUUCUACUUGGAGAAACACAGGAGGGAUGCAAGAGAAGGUGAUCACCUUAUGCAGCGCGACUGGUCGAAGGUCAAGGUGGGCAUCGGAAGCUCUAGAUCUCAGGAGACGGUGAAAAAGAGUGCAUGGCAGGAAGACUGA